AUGGCCACUGCUGCUGCUGCUCCUGCUGUUGUUCCUCCCCCGGUGAUAAGCACUUCUUCCGAUAUGCCACAUCAUCAUCAUCAUCAACAUCAUCAGGCAGUCCCACUCUCAACAAAAAAAUCAUCGUCACCACUAUCACCCACAUCUCAAGACAAUGCAUCCUCCAAUAACAAGAUUGAUACUUUGCUUAAUGCUGAAGAUUCGAAGGAUGAUGACCAAUCGAACAAGCGUCAAAACUUACGUAUCAAGUCUCAUGAAGCUCCCAGUAAACCCAAGCGAAAGCGAAUCUCACAAGAACAAUUCCAACGAUUGUCUGAACUCUUUGAGCAGACCGACACACCCAAUUAUGAAUUGCGAGAAAAGUUGGCAGCCGAGCUCAACAUGACAAACCGAGAAGUUCAGGUGUGGUUCCAAAAUCGUCGUGCAAAAUAUAAUCGUGUUCGACAACAAGAACAACAACGUAACCAACAGCUCUUGAUUCAAAAGCAACAACAGCAACAACAACGAUGGCAUGAAGAAAUGAUGAUACAGCAACAUCACCAACCAACCACCACCACCACCAAUCCUGGUAGUAAUGGUGAUCGUUAUUACUUUUAUUAUGAUACACAACGUCGUUGGCCACCCGCUGUGGAUGAACUUGCACCACCACCACCUCCACCAUUACAACCAUCCAACAAUGGUUAUCAUCAACAUCCUCCAGUAUCAUCCUCUACUGCCGAUCCUUAUGAUUCCUACUCCAGCACAUCCUCUUCGUCCUCAUCCAAUGUCUCUACGCCUACAUCCCCAUAUCCAACUUUGUCACCCGACAUGGCACCGCUUGAAAUUCUUGCCAUGGCUGCUGAUUAUGUGCAACGCUGUGACCAAGAAUAUGAAGAACAACAGCAACAAGCAGCUAAAAGGCGGCGUGUUGUGAUCGAAGAGGACAAUACCCGUCGACAAAGCUGGCGACCUUGGCUAUAA